UGUUACACUGUGACCAUUGUUCCUUUGUGAAAAGAAUAUGCUAAAGUUACAGAAAGACCAGGCAUGUGAUAAAGGCAUAAUGGAAUCCUAAUUCUGAACUUUUAUAUUAGCUUUUUUAAAAGGAGUGCAAUGGAGGACAACACAGACUUAGGAUCAGCCGUUAACAUGAAUCAAAACUGAGAUUACCAGGCAAACACUGUUCAACUGGAGAUGAGGUUGAUUCUUGUGUAAUCUGCAUCAUAUUCUAACGCAGUUUUUCUCCUCAAGACACUUCACAGUAAAAGAUCAUGGUAGACAGCUUAAUAGUAUCUUUGAGAAUUCUCAGUUCUCUAGCAGUGUUAGGAUUUCAGCUUGUCAUCCCACAGGGCUCAAUUGAACACAGAAAGGUUCCCCAGAGGAUAGAAGAGCAAGGAGGUGCCUCUGAAGACAAUGGUGUAGGAAUCCCAGGCAUAUGGGGCAGUUGGGGCCCCUGGUCAGCCUGCUCUAGAAGUUGCAAUGGAGGGGUAAUGGAGCAAACACGACCCUGCCUUCCAGCCUAUUACCAUGAAAGGAGCUAUCACAGGCCAGGGCAACAGUACCCAGCCUCAGAAAGAUCUGUUGCCCACCAGUAUUCCCGCCAUCGUGAAGACCCAUUGACAUCUUACUCUGGCCAUGUUGUGUCUGCUAUCCGUACAUCUGUGCCACUUCACAGAAAUGGAGAUCAAUUACGGGCAGGCCUUCGGGCUUCAGUUUCCUCAGGAGGCCGCAAUGACAGCCAUCUAAAUAGAGGAAUGUUAAGAGGCAGCCGGCAUUCACAGUCUCAAAGACAGAGCCCGAAGCCAGAAAAGAGAAACAGGAACAGAAAUCCCAUUGGCCCAGGGAAAUAUGGAUAUGGAAAAGUGCCAUAUAUAUUACCUCUGCAAACUGACACUGGGCAGCCACCUCGAAAACUACGGAGGCAGCGACAGUUACCAAGGAACCAAGCAUAUCAACAAAAUCCAGGUCUUGGGAGCCAUCUGUACACCCGUCCAGCUAAUCCUUCACUUCAACAUGCGAAUGUUUACCAAGAAGAACAUGGACUUCAGCCUGGACAUCAGGUCUUAGGGCCCUCAGUUUAUCAGCAUGCUUCAGCCCAUUCUCAGGCCUUUCCUGCAUCUCAGAAUUUGUUCCAUGGUAGUGGCUCAACCCAUCAUGGCUUUGUGUCACAUCAGACUGUCCAAAGUGUGCCUCAGAGGGCUGCAGCUAUUGUGUGUACUGGAGCCUACAAGCAACACAAGCUUUGCAACACAAAUAUGUGUCCAGAAAGCACCAGAAAUAUCAGGGAAGUACAAUGUGCAUCAUACAACAACAAACCAUUUAUGGGUCGACUUUAUGAAUGGGAGCCCUUCUCAGAAGUGAAGGGAAGUCAGAAAUGUGAACUGAAUUGUCGAGCAAUAGGCUACCGAUUCUAUGUAAGACAAGCUGAGAAAGUGAUUGAUGGCACACCGUGUGAUCAAAAUGGAACUUCAAUCUGUGUGUCUGGGCAGUGCAAGAGCAUUGGCUGUGAUGACUAUCUGGGCUCCGACAAAGUGGUGGACAAAUGUGGAAUAUGUGGAGGGGAUAACACAGCUUGUAAGGUUGUGUCUGGAGUUUUCAAGCAUACACUAACAAAUCUCGGCUACCAUAAAAUAGUAGAAAUUCCUGAAGGUGCUACUAAAAUCAACAUCACUGAGAUGUCAAAGAGCAACAACUACCUGGCACUUCGGAGUCGAUCAGGACGGUCUAUCAUCAAUGGAAACUGGGCAAUUGAUCGACCAGGGAGAUAUGAAGGAGGCGGGACAAUGUUCACAUAUAAACGCCCAAAUGAAAUCUCUAGCACUGCGGGGGAGUCAUUUUUAGCAGAUGGUCCAACAAACGAGAUCCUGGAUGUCUAUAUGAUACAUCAGCAGCCUAACCCGGGUAUACACUAUGAGUAUAUCAUCCCAGGAGCUAACAUCAUCAGCUCUCAGUUGCCUGCUCACAGAAGACCGGGGGAGCCAUUCAAUGGCCAGUUAGAAGUGCCAGACAGUACAAAUGAGGAAGAUGAGGAUUUACAAAGGGAGACAGACACUAACCCUGAACAGUCAGCAGGGACCUUUCCAGUUAUUCAACCAGGAAGAUUUCCUUCUCAUCAGCCAGAAAACCAGGUGCCUGCUGUGCAGCCACCAAGGCGAAACCGAGACUACAACUGGAAACAGAUUGGAACAACUGAGUGCACAACCACAUGUGGGAAAGGGUCACAAUACCCAAUCUUCCGCUGUGUCAACAGAAUCACUCAUGAAGAGGUGUCUGAGAGUUACUGCGACACCAGCACCAAGCCUACUCCAGAAGAAACAGCCUGCAACACCUUCCCAUGUCCAGCCUUCUGGGAUAUAGGAGAAUGGUCUGAAUGCAGUAAAACAUGUGGUCUUGGUAUGCAGCACCGACAAGUCUUGUGUCGACAAAUAUAUGCCAACCGGACUCUGACAGUUCAGCUCUUCCGCUGCCAUCACCUGGAAAAGCCAGAAACAACUAGCACGUGCCAGCUGAAGAUUUGCAGUGAAUGGCAAAUUCGGACAGAGUGGACUUCGUGUUCAGUCCCAUGCGGAGUGGGGCAGAGGACCCGAGAUGUAAAGUGUGUCAGCAAUCUUGGAGACAUUGUUGAUGAUGAGGAGUGUAACAUGAAACUACGGCCAAGUGAUAUUGAGAACUGUGACAUGGGGCCCUGUGCAAAGAGCUGGUUCCUCACAGAAUGGAGUGACAGGUGUUCUGCAGAAUGUGGUGAUGGAAUACGAACGCGCUCGGUAGUUUGUAUGACCAACCAUGUCAGCAGUUUGCCGUUGGAGGGCUGUGGGAAUAAUCAACCUUCUGAAACAACCCCCUGUAACAAUGGACCCUGUGCGGGUAAAGUUGAGUGGUUUGCUGGGAGCUGGAGUCAGUGUUCAAUUGAAUGUGGCAGUGGAACCCAACAGAGAGAAGUUAUCUGUGUUAGGAAAACUGAAGGUAGUUUCGAUGUGUUAAACCCCUAUGAGUGUUCAUUUUUGGAAAGACCUGCCAGCCAGCAAUCCUGCUAUCUCAAGCCCUGUGGUGCUAAAUGGUUCAAUACAGAAUGGAGCACAUGUUCCAAGUCAUGCGAAGGAGGAUUCCGGGUUCGGGAGGUGCGGUGUCUGUCAGAUGACAUGAUGCCCAGUAACCAAUGUGAUCCACACUUUAAACCAGAAGAAAAAGAACUUUGCAACUCCCAGGACUGCAUACCCGAAAUAGAUGAGAACUGCAAAGACAAAUAUUACAACUGCAAUGUGGUGGUGCAGGCCCGACUCUGUGUCUACACUUACUACAAAACAGCUUGUUGUGCAUCCUGCAGGAGGGUAGCCAAUAGACAAUCAGGUUUUCUAGGACGUAGAUAACAACUACUCCAUCAUCCAUAGCAGCAACGUCAGACUUCUAUAUGGGAACAUAAACAGUGUUAUUGCUUGGACUACAACAGGCUCUGCCUUCUUAAAGAAAUGGUUUCCAUAUUGCUGAGCUCAUCAAGAGCAUGGAUACAUUUCCCACCCUUUCAGUUACACUUAACAUGCAGUAUAUAGGAACUUUUUGGCUUUUAAAAAUGUUUGUUGUAAAACUGUGAUCUAUUUAAAGCAUUAUUUUUUAAUGAUACUCUUGUAUGCACCUGUUCAUCCAACAUUUAAGGAACGUACCAGCCUUAUUUUUAUAUGAAUGCCAUCUCUUCCUUGGUAUUUUUGGACCUCCUUAGAUUAACAAACAGCAUCAAUAGAGCAUGUAAAUGAGGAGCGUUAUAGUGUAAAGAGCCAGCCCCAUGAAGAGCCAUUUAGGCUCAGUUUAACCAACAUCCUAACAUGUGCUUUGAUUACCUCAAUCAAUUCAGACUAAGACUCACUAUUAAGCUCUCUGUGCUGUGCAUUCACUAACUUCUUGUCCUCAAAGGAGCAGCAAACAUACACAUAUUUUGACUGCCUGUAUGUGACUUUAUAUUUAAUUCAUAAACUAGUGAAGAAUAUAAAUUUAUAUUCUGUAAUUUUCUAUGGAUGUUUAAAGUAAUAUAUUAUCCAUCACAGUGAAAAUAGUGCCUAGCCCUUUAAGUCUUCACUUUAACAUUUGCAGUUGUCAGUGAAACUCCAAUUCAUGGAUGAGGAUCCUCCAAAUUAUCCUGACUGUUUACAUCAGCAGAAGAUCCUCCCCCAUGAUGUAGAUAUUUCAGUAUGUAAACUGAUUCCUCACAUAACAUUUCACCAAAUGCGUGCUCAACAAAUAAUGUAUUAAAGCAGUGGUUGGCAACCAUUUUAGGCUGCAGGCAAGAGUAACCCAGUUUGGUUCAGAGGUGAGCAGAUGGGGGUGCUAGGGCCCAGCUGCCUUUGCUGCUUUUCCCCAUGGCAGCAAGGGAAAAGCACCUGCCACUGCCAGUUUUCCCUGUGGUGGCACAGGAAAGUGACUGACUGCUGCCAAAGCCCCACAUUGCAAAAUGUCACUGAAGCCCCACAUCUACAGGCCAGAUUAAAUUAAUCCAUGGGCUGGAUGCAGCCCAUGGGCCAUAGGUUGCUGACCCCUACAUUUAGUACCAGGAUCUGUCUUAAUGUUGUGAAAUUUCAGUUAGAAUUGUCAUGCAUUUCUGAAGCAACUGCCAAAUUAUAUGGCCCUCUGCCUCUAACACAUUUCCCUAAGCCUUUGACAUAUAUAUACGCCAUCUUGUCUUAUACACACUGUUCAUAUAGCUCAGACAUCUAUAAUAAGGAAAUCCUAACUCAGCCCUGAAUAUACUACAGCAGUUUGUCUUGCCCUUUUCUCUGUUAGCAUGUUCCUCAGUAAGCCUAUUCUGAAAGAAUACUUUCUAUUUACGUCAUUUCUUCUUUUCUGUACAAGAGUGGUUACAGAUUCACACCUGAGCUACGUGUCUGAUUUUUCUACACUUGCUGUACUCAGUCCAGUAUUUGUAGACUAAAAGCAGGCUAACCUCCUGAUUGUUCCACAGUCCACCUACUUUUAUAAAGUCUUUUAAAAGAUUGCUAUGUAAAUGAGACUGAAUCAUGC